AUGUACCAAUACGAGCACAUCAUGACUUUCGAUUCCCAAGGGCAGGGAGGAGUCUACGGCACCAAUACCGGGACGGGGUCUUCCAACACAAACAACCAGCAACAAGUUGCCACUGUCAAGAGAAAGAAGAGCAUCGAAUCAGACAGCUCCAUCGAGUUGAGAGGACCAAUGGAAGUCGACGGGUCAGUCAAGUCCGGCGGAGGCGUUGCUUUCUCGGGGAACUUUGCGGUGAGGGAUCGGAUUGAGGCGUAUGGGGAUAUUGAUAUUGUUGGGGAUUUGAGGUGCAGUAAUAAGAUUAAGGCGUAUGGGAAUGUCAAGGUUAAUGGGAGUGCUUUGUGUGUCGACAGAGUCAAAAUCUUUGGAAAACUGAAAAUCACCGGAACUUUCGAGGUCCAAGGGGACUUGGAAGUGUGGGGAGCCAUCACCAUCAAUGGGUAUCUAAAGUGCAAAACUCUGACAGCAUACGCGUCCAUAACUACCGUCGGUGACCAGUCUUGGUAUCAGACUGAGCAGGGCGAGACGGUCCAUGGUGCUAAGCUUAUCCAGAGGACUAACUAUGAGGGAUAGAAAGUUCAUUGGAUGUAUUCCUUACUUUUUUUCCUCGGUCGCUUUUUCCACUUUCUUUUAUUCUUCUUAGACGCUGGAAGACUUUUUUGUGUUAGACCUGGUAUACCGUGUGUUAUUGUUGGUUGUUUUCAUUUCCUAGUCCAUGGGCUUGGUGUUCGUUGUUGCAGUUGUCAUUCCGGCCACCUUCACUUGUUUCCUAUCCUUCGUUCUUUUCCUCUCGCGGUUAUCUCAUUUAGACUUUGAAGAUGGAGUAGAGGCAACAUGAUGUGAGCGGCGCGCAGGAUCAAUUGUUUGGAAAGGAAGUCUUUUUCCUUUUCGGUUUUGUUUUUCAUCUACAUGUUUAUGUCAUCA